GUAAUGUGUUCCUUGAAGAAUGUUGGGUCCAGGUGUGGCCUUUGUAGCAUCCUAGGUACGUAGGAGCAGAAACUUUUUGAGGGCUCUCCAUAAAACUGAACUGCUGUGUGAUGGCGUCUAAAGCUGCUUUGGAUCUUCUAGUUAUUGGUGGCGGGUCUGGAGGGCUGGGCUGUGCACGAAGAGCCAGCCAACUGGGAGCUAAGGUGGCUAUUGUGGAGCAUGGUCGGCUUGGAGGAACUUGUGUGAACGUUGGCUGUGUUCCAAAAAAGGUGAUGUGGUACACUGCCCAGCACAGUGAGUUUCUUCAUGACCACGCUGACUACGGAUUCACUGUCUCAGACUGGAAAUUCAAUUGGCCCACGAUCAAGAAGUCACGUGAUGAAUACGUCAAACGUCUGAACGGGAUCUAUUUCAACAACCUGGAGAAGGACAAUGUGGAGUACAUUUCCGGGCACGCUCAGUUUACAGGUCCCUCUGAGGUGAAGGUGGGGGAUCGUACUCUCACGGCCAAACACAUCCUGAUAGCCACCGGGACCAAGCCCAUGAUACCACCUAACACACCAGGUUCAGAGCUUGGGAUCACCAGUGACGGGUUCUUUGAGCUAGAGGAUCUACCAAAGAAAACGGUGGUGGUUGGCAGUGGGUACAUUGCAGUGGAGCUGGCUGGCAUCCUCAGUACCCUCGGCUCUGACGUUACCCUCGUGAUUCGAUAUAACAAAGUCAUUCGUAGCUUUGAUGCCAUGCUCUCUGACUCUCUCAUGGAGGAGCUCAAGAACAGUGGAGUGAAAAUUGCACACUUCUCCCAGGUUGGUAGUGUGAGCAAGACUGGUGAGGAGUUGACAGUUUCUCUGGUGCCCCACACUGACGCAGGGAAGGCUCAGGACAUCACCAACGUGAGCACUCUCCUCUGGGCCGUGGGCAGGAAUGCCAACAUGGUGGACCUGGGCUUUGACAAGACGGGGGCAACAUUGGACAGACGAGGUUUCAUUCAAGUGGAUGACUUCCAGAACACCACUGUCAAGAACCUCUACGCCUUGGGGGACAUUGCCGGGAACAAGUUGCUCACACCAGUUGCCAUAGCAGCAGGCCGAAAGCUGGCUCAUAGGCUCUUUGAGAACAAACCUAACUCCAAGCUUGACUACAGCAACAUCCCCACUGUCGUCUUCUCUCACCCCACCAUUGGCACUGUGGGCCUGUCCGAAGCUGAGGCGGAGAAGAUGUACGGGAAGGACAAGCUCAAGAUCUACAAGUCGUCAUUCACCUCAAUGUAUCAUGCUGUCACUACCAGGAAGACCAAAACUGCCAUGAAACUCAUCACUCUACUCCCAGAAGAGAAGGUGAUUGGUCUCCAUGUGAUUGGCCUAGGGUGUGAUGAGAUGUUGCAAGGUUUUGGAGUGGCCAUAAAGAUGGGAGCCACCAAGGCCGACUUUGACAGCUGUGUGGCCAUCCACCCCACCUCCUCUGAGGAGUUUGUUACCUUGCGUUGAGGAACUCAUGGAAAAACUGAUUUAGUUCAGGGCAUCAUAGACUGUGUAAAUUCUAUAUAGCUUUUUAAUAUUUUGUACCUUACCGAUCGAUAGGUUAUAUCGAGAUAUACGUUAUCACCAUAUGUAUAUAUAUAGUGAGUAGUAUCAAUCAUGACAAUGAAGUGUUAAUUGAAAAGUGA